UUAUAUUGUUUUUGUUUAUUUCAUUGGAUUACUCAUAUAUAGAUUUUGUUUUAUUUAAGUAAAAAAAAUCGAAUAUAUAAUUUUAUUAAUUUCUAAAAAAUAUAUAUAAAUCCUACUUUAUUAUUUUCAUUUAAUAUUAGUUUUAAAAGUUUGCUUUCAUUCCCUAAGAGGCCUAAAGUAUACGUUGGUGUAGAAUAGGAAAUAGCUUCAUACACCCCCACAAUUACUAUACACACCAAAAUAGGAAAAGACUUAAAUAUCUUUUACCAAACCUCCACACCAUCAUUGUUGCCAUCAAAAUUGUAGAGAACAAAUGCGGAAAAACACUCAGCUUCGAAAAAAUAUUUCCAAAACAUAUAUUUUAUAUUUUAGAAAGUUCUUUCUAAAAUAUAUUUCAAGUAGGGGUGUUUCGAAAAUUUCGUUUUUGGAAGGCAUUAUUAGUGAUUAUAAAAUUUUAUUUCAGAAAUUUUCUUUCAAAAAUUAUAUUCCGAAAAUAUUGUGAAAAGUUUCCAAAACAUGUAAUUAGGAAGUCACUUUUAUUUUGAAAAUUUUAUGGGAUGUGGGAAGAAAUUGUGGGGUGCAGGAAGUAAAAGCCUGUAAGAUGAUGGGCACGGAGAACGUUUUUCAACAUUGGGCCAGUGUCAGACUACGGGUAUUUGUUGGCCCAUCAAUUGAAUUCUAUUGGAAAAUAAAAAAGAAGAAGCGUGAAGUAUGGUGUGAGCAUGGAAAUGGAAUAUUGGAAUGUGGAAUUUGACGCCUUCGUUGAAGGAACCAAAUUCAUGAAACAAAGAAAGAAAGUUUCAUGAAUUGUAGUAUUUGUGUAUUCGUUGGAUGUUGAAAUUAAGGAGCACUCUCACCUCCUCAAGCAACAAACCCAGUCACCUGCACCUCAUUCUCAUCGAAUUAAACUUGAUUGAAAAGUACCGAGUUUGUGGAUUAGCUCUUAAUGACCGGUCAUGGAUGUUCCACUGCCACUGGAUAAAUUGGCUUUAAAUUUGAUUAAUAAUGAACCCGCCCCUGGAAACACUAGCAACAACAAGAUAUACGUAAUUCUGGUUGCAACUGGAAGCUUUAAUCCACCUACUUUCAUGCAUUUACGGAUGUUUGAGCUUGCGAGAGAUGCGUUGAAUUCAAACGGCUACUGUGUAAUUGGAGGUUACUUGUCUCCUGUGAAUGAUUCAUACAAGAAAAAGGGCCUAAUAUCUGCUAAACAUCGAAUACAAUUAUGCCAUUUAGCCUGCAAAAGUUCAGAUUUUGUAAUGGUUGAUCAAUGGGAGGCAAGUCAGAGCACGUAUCAACGCUCUUUGACUGUUCUCUCCAGAGUCUACAAUUCUGUUUGUGAGACAGGGUUGGUAUCCAGAGAAUCCCUCAAGGUCAUGCUUCUCUGUGGUUCUGAUCUCCUUCAUUCUUUUGGCAUUCCUGGAUUCUGGAUUCCUGACCAGGUUCAAUCUAUAUGCAAAGAUUACGGAGUAGUAUGCAUUAGCAGAGAAGGACAAGACAUUCAGAAAAUUAUAUCUGAAAAUGAAAUUCUGAAUGAGAAUAAGGUUAAUAUCAAAGUGGUGGAUGAACUUGUACCAAAUCAAAUCAGUUCAACCAGAGUAAGGGAUUGCAUUGCAAGAGGAUUAUCAAUAAAAUACCUUACUGCGGAUGAAGUGAUUGACUAUAUCAGAGAGCAACAAUUAUACUUAAAUGAGAAGUAAUUAUUAUUGUUUUUCAUUACACUCUGUAUGACAUAUGGAUCUUUGCACGAGCCAUUUUCAAUGAAGAAAUAAUUUUGUAUUGUAAUUUGCGGAAAAAUAAAAUGACUAUAUUUAUAUAAUCAAUUGCAAGUACUCAGUCUGAACUGCGAGUGAAUAAGUCUUGUUAUUAUGACAAGCAAAUGUACAAUUCUGUAACUCAA